GCUCUUCCACCCCACGUGAACUGGCGUGAGUGCUAAACGUGUGGCCUGAGUGCACUCUGCGUCCCUUCGUAACCAGGAUAAUUUGAUCAUUUGUUUUGAUUAUAUGGUUAUUGCAAGUGAGAUCAUGGAGGUACUGGAGGAGGACGAGAUGUUCAGUGAGGAUUCAGAAGACGAAAACAGCGACCUGUCAGACAACGCGCUCCAAGAAGCUUUCGCAAAAGGCUUGUUGAAGCCCGGAAUGAACGUGAGGGUGGACAAACCCCAAAAAUUCGUCAACAAUGUGGCAGGCAUGAAACAGUGUUUAGAUGACUUGAAGAAAGACCUGCCCUGGGCGGAGAGAUUGGAUCUCACCAACCUGCCUGUUGAAGACGUCAUCGCAAAGAUUGGAGGGAAUAUGCAAACUGGCAUCAAGGGAGAAGUCAAUGCAGAUGAUGAUUUCCAGAGGGAGAUGUUCUUCUACCGUCAGGCGCAAGCAACAGUUCUUGAGGCUCUGCCUCUCUUGAACAAGCAUGGCAUUCCCACCAAGAGGCCUGAUGACUACUUUGCUGAGAUGGCCAAGUCUGAUCAGCACAUGCAGAAGAUCAGGAAGAAGCUGCUCGCAAAGCAGGCGAUAAUGGAGAGGUCAGAGAAGGCAAAGAAGUUAAGCGCGCAAAGGAAAUUUGGCAAAAAGGUGCAAAUAGAAGUGCUCCAGAAGAGACAGAAGGAGAAGAAGGCAAUGAUGACUGCUGUGAAGAAAUACCAGAAAGGAAUGACUGACAAGUUGGAUUUCUUGGAGGGAGACCAAGAGGCACCCAAAAAAGACACUUCUCAGAGCUCCAAGAAGGCGUUGAACAAGAAGGGCCCCAGUGCCAAGAGAAAAUAUAAGGACCAGAAGUUUGGCUUUGGAGGCAAGAAGAGUGGAAAGAAGUGGAAUACGAAAGAAAGCCACAAUGACGUUUCCAGUUUCCGCGCUAAAGUGGCUAAUGCAAAGGGUGCAAAAGGAAAGAAGAAAGGCAAAGGAGGAAAACAAAAUAAACGUCCAGGGAAGUCAGUACGCAGGAAGAUGAAGGGUCGCUCGUAAAAAACACAUCGAGGCUGUUCAGGUCUUGAACUUUGCUUCCAGGUGGAUUUCUUCACAGUUGACCUUCCUUAGGAACUCUGACUUCUUUGUGACAUUUUGUUCAAACUGCCCCCUGCCCAAGUGGAAGUUGUUGAGCAAGAGCAUCGCCUAAUCAUCAGGCCGCAUCAAGGGAGGAAGACUUUCAGUUGUGGUUUCGAGAACCCAAUCCUUUUUUAGGGGGGGAUCACACUUGUGAGACUCCGAUAUAUGUUUUGUAAAACUUCUUACUUGGUAGGUAAGACAUUUUAAACCAUUCUGAUUAUUAAAUGUCAUAACGGACGGUCUGAUUAUGUGAUUACAUGUGAGUAUCCACAUUGACUUUCCCUCCUUAUUCUACUUUUUUUUUUCGGUCGGGUAUUUUAAAAAUACUUGGUGACGAUCACUUUUGACCUUUUUCUUCAAUUCGUAUGGUUCUUACGGGAUGGCCAAGAUUCAUUUGUAGAGACCAUGUGCCUGUACUGGUUUUCUCGAUCUGUUUCUGACAAAGUAGGGUCUCCUCUGAAACUUGAUGGUGGAAAAAGACCAUAACCAAUUAUGAUGAUGAGUCUGAUUUUCCAUAAAAAUGUAAAAUUAAAGAACAGCUCCCUUUUGUUGUA